AUGGUAAACAAUCAACUGAACUAUCCUGUGUCUAAUAUUACUUUCACUACUUUUCAGAGUCGCUAUUUUGAAUGUGAUGACAGCAGUGAGGGUUAUAGUUCUGAUGAGAGCGAGUACACACCACGGUACACUCUCCAAGCUGAACCCCUUGUGGAACAAGAUCACGAAGACUCAGAUGAUGAAGUUUUUGUAAAUUCAGUGCCGGAUGACAAUACAUCAACCGAUUUUCUACUUGAAGGAAAGGAAAAAAUGUCAGUAUCAUCCGAUAUGUUAGAUGAUGAGGAAGCAAAUCUUGACUUUGAAGUGGCCGCCGGGACUCCAGUUCUACUCAACUAUUUGCUUACACACCCUAUCACUUGCGUUAUUCAAUAG